AGCGGUGCAAUCACAGGCAUCAGUGACCGCGUUUCUUAAGCAACAACGGAUUACCGGCGUGGCAAUGAACUUCCACGGUCACGUUUUUCCAGGGCGUGUCAUUCGAAGCGGAUUGGCAGACGGAGCAUAUCUCAACUAGACGGCGAAAGUACUCGAUGGUCCGUGAAAUUUCGAUGACAAUUUUGCGGUUCCACUGUACUCGUUACGAUAGAGGGUGGGAUAUAAAAGAGGAGCAUUCUCUACGACGUCAAACGAUGUUGAAACGUUGAUCCUGACGUUCGACGCUUAUCCUCUUUGAUAGAAACCAUGCAGAUCUUCAAAUACCUAUGCCUCCUUCUACUAAACCAAAUCGCGAUCUACGAAGUAUACUCCAAGCAUGUACACCUGAAGAUUCUCGUGCCAGAUCUGAUCAACCACCACACGCACACGAGGACCGUUCUCUUCCAUGUUCACGUGCCAACGCCGAAGAAGCCGAAAACUCACAAGAAUCACAGGACUCACCACGCGAGUUGGAGUUCGUGGAAGUACGGGCGUCAUCACGAUUUGAAGGACGAGCACGAGGAGGAACUUGAUCACGAGAACCAUCACAAGGAUCACGAAGAGCAAUUGAACGAGAAAUGGCCGAAGAAUCACAAACGAGACAGACAAAAGUAUUUUCCUGUGUACGACCAUCACAAGGACUCUUAUCAUCCGCCGUCUUACGUGGAAGAUAAUGACUUGAAGGAUCAUGGCGAAGAUACUUACGCGGUUCACGAGGACGUGAAUGAUAUACCUCCAAAUACCGAGUCUCUCAGUUAUAAUUACGAAGAGGGAUACAAAAAGGGUUUAGAAACGGUAACUGGACACGUUCGAUCUGGUCAGACGCACAAGUUCCACGAUGAUCAGCACGAAGAACAGGGUGAUGUCGAGAACGAUGGGUUUAAAGAGGAGUUCGAAACCAAAACGGACGCUGGUAGAUAUUUGGUGGAUGAUGUAGAAUACGAGAAUACCAGGGAUAAACGCGAUCAUCGUCGAAGAUCUAGGAAAAGGAUCCAUAAAACACCGACGAGUUCCAGUCGAGGAACGAAAAACGAUAGUAAAUCAUAGAACGUUGGGACGGUAUUCUGUUAAAUGUGCAGACGCAUGUAUGUGUAAUGUGAUUUUGUAGAUACGUGGUUUUCGGAUGUUUGUUCUAAUUUCUGUUUGUAAGUUUCGGUCGUUGUAUAGUUGUAAUAAAUAAUAAGUAACACAGGAAAUAAAA